AUGGAAAGAAGUAACACGAACUCUUGGUUUAAAGACUUUAGUUUUCAUUAUCCUAAUGGGAAAUCAAAAGAAUACACAGAACGUAGACAAAGUACCACAAAUAAGUAUGGAGAUGUGACAGCAAUGCUGAUGAUAGUACUAUUGAUACUUGUUCCUAUUCUGAGGUACUUUGUUGUCCGUGGAUAUUCCCCAUCGAGGAAAGUUACUAUAGUCAAAUGGACCAUUCUGCGAUUGAAUAGAGUUGCUCAUAGAAAUGAUCUGGAUAGUGCUAGGACGAGAAUGGCAUUGGCAUUAAAGGGAUUUAUUCUCAAGGUUCUGUUUUAUUACAAUACCUUGGCUCAAAUUGCAUUUUGGACAGUUCUUUUCAUGUUUUUAUCCUUUUCAGAUUUAAACGACGGAGACUUGAUAUUUCUUGCCAAACGACUAGGCAAAAUAGCAGCUGUAUGCUUGCCAUCUGUGAUGUUUUUAAGCUUGAGGCCAUCGCCAUUGCCAUAUACAUUAUACUUGAUGCUAAUUCCUAUCCAUAAAUGGUUAUCUAGAUUUUUAAUCUUACAGUCUGUUGCACAUAUGGCUUUGUACUGUGGAUUCUUUCAAAAAAACCAUACGUGGAACAAGGCAUUUAAAACAGAAAACAUAUACGGAUGGGUUGCGAUAGCUGGUUUCAUUAUCAUAGCUAUCACUUCUCUACAAAAAUUUAGAGCAAGAUUUUACGGAAUUUUUUACUUUCAACAUUAUACUUGGUCCUGGAUUAUUGUCUUCUGCUUGCAACUUCAUGCUAGACCAGUAAAAAUUACCAAUUUCACAAUUUUGAAUGUUAUCAUAUUGUCAUCUCAAAUCUUUUACCGAUUGAAGCUAUCAAUUGCUACACAUUCACGUCUUGAUGUCAAAGUCACAGACAUUUCGGGUAAUUUAUCAUUAAUUGAAUUCCCAAAUUAUUUGCUUAAGAGAUCUUCCAAUGGGCCUGGUGCCCAUAUCAGGCUUACUGAAUACUACCCUUCCAUUAUUAUGAGAAUUUAUCGACAAAUCAUUCCAAAUUAUCAUCCAUAUACACUAGCAUCUUUACCUCAAGAUAACUAUCAAAAGUUAAUCGUGAGAAAAACCACAUUUCGGAUCCAAAAUGAUCAUAAAUAUCUUAUUUCAGGUGCAUAUGAUCCAUACUUAUUGUUUUUGAGCUCAACCAAAGACAAUGAUCAGUUUUCCAUUUCUAAAUUACAAGUUCAUGCAAAGCGAAUUCUUAUCGUCAUCGGAGGGUCAGCAAUUUCUUUCGCUUUGCCUAUUAUAAGAGUUAUGAAUUAUCAUGGAAUACCAACUAAAGUUGUGUGGGUUAUAAGAGACUUCAGAGAUAUUAUUGUAUUGAGAUAUUUCGAUGGUUUUAUUCAUGGGGACGAUUUUGAAAUCUUUGUUACUGGUGACGAAAGAUCAUCUACUGAAGACAAAUCGAUGAGAUUGAGCAAAUAUGGAUCAAUUGGCAGGCUUUCUCAAUUUAGUCAUUCCUCUCGAAUGUCUUCCUUUAGACUCGAAGAUAAUCCUGGAGAAGAAGAUGCAGAAUCGAACGCUUCGGAACAAGGAGAUGAAAAUGUGAAUGUCGAAAUAUCUGUAGACAACGAAGAGGAUCUGGAAGAUGAAGAAUGUCCAAGAAAUGAAAGGACUUUGAAUUUUGCAUUUAAUAGUGGAUCCUUUAAUGAGAAUGGAAUCCAAGACGCAGGAGAGGAGAAUGAAAAUAGAGAAGAGCAGGAUGAUGAUUAUGGUGAUGAUGAAGUGGAUCCAAUGACUGAAGAAUUGGGCAACGGUAUUCAUGGAAUGUAUUCACCUGCACAUUCAAGACAUGCAUCGAGUUUUAACGAACCGUUCAUUCCAGACUCUGAUUUCAGUGAAACACCAGCUUUUCAGAGACAACAAUUUAUGGAAACUGUUAACAAGAUUAACAUUGAGAACAAAAUUUACAAGGGCAGACCAAAGUUGAACUACAAAUAUUUAAAUUGGUGCACUAGUGGUGGUUUCACUCAAUGUAGUGGACCAAUAGAAGAUGGUGAUCAUACUGUAUGCUGUAAAGAUUUACCAAAGAAUCAAGUUCUUAAUGAGAAUAUUGAUUUGAGUAAGAUUUGGGUCGUAUCCGCCGGUCCAAAGGGCUUGGUACAAAAUGUCAAAUUAUGGGCCAAGGAAAACUCGUUAAAUUUCUAUGAAGAAAGUUUCUUUGUUUAG